AUGUCCUUCCUUCGAGUGGUUGCCUGUCAGGUAGCACGUCCUCGUACGCGUGCAUUCGCCUCCGAAUCAUCCUCAUCAUUUCCGCCAGCAACUGGGGUAUAUCAAGUAUUCGACCGGGCCGCUAAGAGGAAGCAGAGAGAUCGGGCAGUGAGCAGAGAUGCGGGUGUAGGGAGCAGGACUGUAGAUUAUGUCCGGGAUGAAGUUGCAGAUCGAAUGAUGGAGAGACUACUGGAUAUCAAACGCAAAUUCGAUACCAUUGUAGACCUUGGUUCGGGGCCUGGUCACUUUUCCAAGCUCCUCGAGCCUGAAAAAACGCGCAAAGUACUCAUGAUAGAUUCUAGCGAGACCACGCUCAACCGAGAUCCGGACGAAGAAUUCGAAGGCACGUUAUUUGAAGUAGAGCGUGUACAUGCAGAUGAAGAGAAUCUCCUUGACGUUCUUCCUCGUAACUCUCAAGAGGCUAUUGUGUCUUGCCUCAGCCUCCACUGGGUGAACGACCUACCAGGCGUGCUUGUACAAAUAAAGGAAGCCCUGAAACCUGAUGGGCUCUUUUUAGGCGCCAUGUUUGGCGGGGAUACCUUGUUUGAGCUCCGGACUGCCCUUCAGCUUGCGGAAGUAGAUCGCGAGGGCGGCAUCUCGCCACAUAUUUCGCCCAUGACAGACACUAAAGAUAUCUCGAACCUUCUCUCUCGUGCGGGAUUCACUCUACUCACUGUAGAUAUCGAUGAAGUACGCGUUGGGUACCCGAGCAUGUGGGAGCUUCUCGAAGAUCUGCGCGACAUGGAACUGCACGGAAAUGAAGACGGCUCCGUUCCAGCAACAUUCCAGAUAAUCUACAUGAUUGGCUGGAAGCCUUCGCCCAAUCAACCCAAGCCCCUCGAACGUGGAUCAGCCCAGACCAAUCUCAAAGAUGUGCUCUAG